GGGCUUUUGCCAUUUUUUUCCCUUCUCUCUCUCCAUCCACCUCUCUCUCAUUCUCUCUCUCUCUCUUUUUUCUCUGCUCUCCUUUCUCAAAAAAGCCAUGACGGCGAUCCCGCGAUCCAUCUUCGCCUCUGCGCAAUCUUUAUAUUAUUUCUAAUUUAUUUUGUUGUUUUGUUUUGGUUUUGUUUUUUUCUUUACCCUGCCCGCUUGUGGAUGUCAAAGGCUUUGGAUGAAGAUCAUUUUUGCCCCACCGGAGUCUCCACUCUCACCCCGGCUCUCCCCCGAUGUGAUCCGCGCUGAACGCAGCCGCCGACAGCCACCAUGUCUCGCCGCAAGCAAGGCAAACCCCAGCACUUAAGCAAACGGGAUUUUUCGCCAGCUGAGCCGCUCUCCACGGCCGUCGUCUCCUCGGAAGAGCUGUCGGAGCGCUGCUCGGAGCUUUCAGAGGAGAGCGGCAGCCUCAACGGGCACCACCCCGGCUCCGCCGCGGGCCGGCUGGCCCGGCUGGGUCACGACGCCCACCCCACCCCGGAGCAGGACCUGCUGACCUGCGGCCAGUGCCAGGCCACCUUCCCCCUGGCGGAUAUCCUGCUCUUCAUCGAGCACAAGAGGAAGCGAUGCCACGGGCCGCCCUGCCUCGCCGUGGGCAGGGGGCUGGACAAGCCCCCCUCGCCCUCCCCGGGCCUGGCCCUAACCCCCUCGCCAGCUCUGAGCUGUCUGCGCAGCAGGAGGCCCGUGGAAGUGGGCGUCCAAGCCACUCUGGCGGACGAAGACGAUGAGCGGUUCUCGUCGCCUCGGGGGAUUUUCCCCAAACAGGAGCCCCUCCCAGGUAAGGAGGAACCAACUACCUAUACCUGCACUACGUGUAAGCAGUCCUACGGCAGCGCCUGGUUCUUGCUACAGCAUGCUCAGAACUCCCACGGCUUCCGGAUUUACCUUGAAAGUGACCAUGGUAGUCCUCUCACCCCCCGGAUGGGUGGACCCUCCUCUCUCGGUGGUGGCGCUGACUGUCCCUCUCAACCUCCUCUUCAUGGCCUUCAUUUGCCUCCCGAUGCAAGCCCUUUCAAUCUUCUCCGUAUCCCUGGCUCAGGCUCAGGUGGAAGGGACAGUAUUGGACCAGUAGGUGGUGUUGGCACUGUUGGGGCUGGUGGCGGGGGCCAUCAUCAGCGCUUUCCGCCAACACCACCUCUAUUCAGCCCCCCUCCAAGGAAUCACCUGGAUCCUCACCACCUGAGCCCAGAGGAGCUGGCGCUGGCAGCCCACCAUCCGAGUGCCUUUGAUAGGGUGCUGCGCCUCAAUCCUCCUUUGCCUCUAGACCCCCCUCCAACAAUGGACUUCUCAAGGAGACUACGGGAACUGGCAGGCAACACCUCAGGGUCCACACCACCACUAUCCCCCAGCCGGCCCAGCCCCAUGCAGCGCUUACUCCAGCCAUUCCAGACAGGAGGAAAUGGAAGCACAGGAGGUGUAGGAGGCAGCAAACCACCAUAUCUUGCUACUCCUCCACCUCUUUCUGGCUCCAUGGAAUCACCUGUGGGUUCUCAGACCACUCCUUCAACUCCUCUCCCCUCAGCUGGGGCAACAUCCUCUUCCAACACGCAGAUGAAAACAAAGUGUUGUGAGUUUUGUGGCAAGGCCUUUAAGUUCCAGAGUAAUUUAAUUGUCCACAGGCGCAGUCACACAGGAGAGAAGCCGUACAAAUGUCAUUUAUGUGACCAUGCAUGCACACAGGCCAGCAAGCUAAAACGCCACAUGAAGACACACAUGCACAAGUCCUCCUCCCCUAACACCGGCAAGUCAGAGGAUGGUCUAUCGACAACCUCGUCUCCAGAGCCUGGUACCAGUGACCACAUGGGCAGUGCAAGCAAUGCCCUCAAGUCAGUGGUGGCCAAGCUAAAGAGUGAAAAUGACCGCAUGAUACGUGAAAAUGGUGAGGAGGAGGAAGAAGAGGAGGAGGAGGAAGAAGAAGAGGAUGAAGAGGAGGAAGAAGAUGAGGAGGAGGAAGAGGAAGGAGAGGAAGAGGAAGUGCAGAAUGGAGAGAGGAUUGGCAGGAGAGCCAACAACAGCUAUCACUUUGGACUGAAUCUGGAGACGGCACGGCAGCAUGAAAGCAAUGCUGGUGUUGGGAGUCGACUGGGAGGAGUGGCUGAAGAGGGGUCCAUCCCUCGGUCUCUGCCCGAGGUCAUGCAAGGCAUGGGACUGGCUGCUAGCAUGCAACACUUCAGUGAAGCCCUCAAUGCGCACAAACGGAACGCCAUGGCCCAGGAGAACCACUUACACCACCAUUUCAGUCGAGAUCAUCACCACAACCGGAACGAGUGUGACGGAGAUUCUGUGCUAGAAACGGAUCGAGGAGAAGAAGGUUCUGUGUCAACAGUGAACGGGCGAGGAGCAUCUCCUAAUGAAUCGGCCUCUGUUGGCCUGUCCAAGAAACUGCUUCUGGGAAGCCCUAGUCCACUCAGUCCUUUCACAAAACGCAUUAAGCUGGAAAAAGAAUUUGACCUGCCCACGCCCACAAUCCCCAACACAGAGAACGUGUACUCUCAGUGGCUGGCUGGUUAUGCUGCCUCCCGACAACUCAAGGACCCAUUUCUGAACUUCGGGGAUUCAAGACAAUCGCCCUUUGCAUCAUCAUCAGAGCACUCAUCAGAGAAUGGCAGUCUGCGGUUCUCGACCCCUCCCGGGGAACUGGACGGUGGGAUGUCAGGCCGCAGUGGGACAGGCAGUGGGGGCAGCACUCCGCAUCUUGGGGGUCCUGGGCGGCCCAGUUCCAAGGAUGGACGCAGGAGUGACACUUGUGAAUUUUGUGGUAAGGUGUUCAAGAACUGCAGUAAUCUGACAGUGCACCGGCGCAGCCACACAGGAGAGAGACCGUACAAGUGUGAGCUGUGUAAUUAUGCGUGCGCCCAGAGCUCCAAACUUACCCGCCACAUGAAGACCCACGGCCAGGUGGGCAAGGACGUGUACAAGUGUGAAAUAUGUCAGAUGCCCUUCAGUGUCUACAGCACUUUGGAGAAACACAUGAAAAAAUGGCACAGUGACCGUCCUUUGAGUACCGAAAUAAAAUCAGAAUAGAAGGCCGAACAAUGGGACCUUUUCCCCGCAGCUAUAAUCGCCAUCAGUCCCCUGUUUAUUCCAAGCCCCUUGUAGAUUUGCCCCUACCCCAACACUCCACUUUCACCAGCCCGGUGAAAGCAGAAGACCAUGUGCUCUGCACCAGCACACCCUGUUUUCAUUAACCAUUGAAUGCAUGAUUAGUAUCGGGGCAAUACUCUCGCAUUGACGCAAAACUUCGAGCCUUUCUCUUGUGCAAUAAUUUACAUGUGUACUAUUUUUCUUUUGAGUUUUCAUUUUCCAUUUUUAAGAAUUAGUCGGCAUGCUUAGUAUGUUUUUGCUUAUCAAAAAACAAAAAGAAAAAAAAAACUUGUCCCUGCUGGUUAGUUGUUGAGUAAAUGUGUUGCUGUUUUUCUCUUGUUCAUGUUUUUAUUUUUUAUUUUUUUAAUUCUCCAAAAAGAGAAAAGACAAGAAAAAUACAUCCAUGCUGCAUACAUUCUGUAACACAUAUCAUGUACAGUUUUGCUUUGUGACAUGGAAAGUGAACAGUCUUACUUGACCCACUUCUUGCAACCCUGAAAAUGCACUAAACUUGAUCUUUUCAAAAGAUUCCAUGUUUCCACAGGGUUUUAAAAAAUAAAUAAAAAUAAAGGAAUAAAGAAAUUGUGCAUUGGCUUGACAACUAAACAGAAAGUGAGGCCAGGCUUCAAAUUUUCUAUCUAAAUAAGAAAAUGUGCCAACAGCCUAAUUUGUACUAUCAUUCGGUGGAAUAAGAAAGAGUGCCUUUGAUAUCUCAAGACUGCAUUGGCCAUAAUCUUAUCUGGUAUAAGUUUGGGCUCGCACUAGAUGAAGCUAAAAAGGUUAAAGCCACCAAGUUAAGGUCUUUGCAACUGUGACAACUCAUGAUGAAAGAUCAGAAUCAUCAUUUAGCUACCUAUUAUUUGUGGAAUAGGUUUUCUUCAAUGUGUGGAUUUCAUUGCAAGCAUGGUACAAGCAGUAUUGUGUAUAUCUAAGUUAUUUGUAGUUUUGUUUCUUGUACGGAGGUACUUUUGGAGAUAAAAGGUCAUUUUGUAAUGUACAAUCCUGAACUUGAGGGAUACGGCGCAUGGCUGACACAUGUCGUGUAUCUGCGUUAGCACAAACCUAUAACGCUGCUUCAAUAUGUCCGUGUGUGGAACAAUGCAUAAAGUCAUUUAUGAGCUCCAAGCUAAGCUAACUUUAUUUGAGAGCAUUGAAAUACUUACAAGCUAGAUCAACGGAAAGCUACAGAAAACUGGAAAUAUUACGGGAAUCAGAGGCAAUGUGUUUUUAGUUUCUAAUAUCAAAACAGGGUCAUCAACUCCGACUUGCAGGAAAGAACGAGAGACAGUUGCAAAAAUUAUAUACCAGGACUCUGGAGCUCCUUAAACAUGUUAAUCAGUCUACAUAGGCUAAUGCAGGGCACCCUUUUUUUGCUUUUAAUUAGAAAAUUAUUUUGCGUUUUGCUAAUUUCAUUCAUGCUGUUCAUGGUACAUGUAGAGGUCGUAAACGCAAACAUUUCUCUCGUCUCACGCUAGUGAAAAAAGGGGUGGAGUCGAAAAACUAGAUUGUCAUUUAUGAAGUGCACUGUUUCAGUUUUCCCAGUUUACAAAUAUACGCUGAAGGGGAAAAUCGAAUUCUAAUGCUGUCAAAAUGACCAGGGUCAAGUUGUUGCAAGAAUCGUUUGCUGGCAAUUCUGCAUUUACUGACCCUUGACCUCUGUAGCCUUGCCAUAUCAACUUUACCUAUCAGUUUGUUUCCCUGCAAACCCAAGCACUUAGCCUCACCUGCAAGGUCUGUAAAUUAAAAAGUUUUCUGCGAGUUUUUGUUCUGACUUUCAGUCACAGCAACCAUAUAGUGCUACGGUCACAAAUACAACUGCCACCGCAUGAUGUGGAGGCAUCGGUAGAAUCUUCAAGAUUUCAUGCUAUAGCACGAUUUUUUUUAAUUUGUUAUUGUUGGCGUGGAAAUAAAUGUUGACGGCAGCUGUUAGGGGUGCAGAAUGGCCCUCUUUAUAUACCAUUAGGUGGCCGGUGGCACUUGGUGUGGACAGACACUGUCUGAAGACAUUUACACAUCGUCCAGUCAAAGCUACUACCAGCUGGCAUUUCAGGCUGCCACUACCCUGUGGCCACCCAGCUGUGGCGUGAUUUGGUCAUGGAGUCAUCCCUGCCUUUCAUCUGACCCUGAAAUUUGCCCGGGGCGCCACUGACCAAUGUUAACUUGGAGGAAAAUUGCCACUGUAAAACUCUAACUUUUUCCUAAAACCUCCGCAGCCAGUUUAUAAAAAUGCCACUUGCCGAAUUUGCAGAAAAACUUGUCUUUAUGUCGCCAAGCGGUGGCAUUUUAGGAUAUGUGACCGUAGUCCAAUAAAAAGACGGAUAAUUUACAGACCUUGCUGCCUGUGUACCAGAAUUUCUCUCACCAACUUCAACCGACGUCUUUUUUUGGUAUAAAACUGAAGGUCUUCAUUGGUAAAACCACUUUUACAAAAAAGAAAAAACAAAAAAACACUAUAUCAAUUUUGUUGUCAUUUCUCUUUUCAUCAGAAUUAUGGUCAUUGUAGAGACUCCAAUCACAGUGUGUGUGAAAUGACACAAGAAAAAGGUUAAAAAAAGAGAAAAAAAAAUUGUUAUUAUUUAUUUUUUUAAGUUUAUUUUUAAUUUUGCCUUGGCUCUUCACAGCUCUUCAGGUUGAGAUACAAUUUGCAUCGGGGAAAGGACUAAGAUUAUAUAUGAAUAUAUAAUAAAGAACUUAAAAUAUAGGAAAAUGCACAGUCAUGUCAAUUCCUAUGCUUAAACACAUUUAUGGUCUACUUUUUCUGUAUUUCUAGAAUUGUAUUUGAAUUCAAUGUUCACUUAGAGUAGGCACUAUAGUAUUUAUAUUGAGGCUCGUAUUUUUAACUGUUGCUUGUUCUCUCUGAAAGGUAUUUACCAUACCUUCUUUUUUGGUAGUGGAAAAAAAUCCUAAGCUGCCACGGUAUAUUUUUUUAAUUUGGCAGGAUAAUAUAGUGCGAAUUAUUUGUAUGUUUAAAGAAAUAAAAAGGAGGCGCAAAAAUCCCAUAAAAAAGCAGCUAAAGUGCGUGGCGCUGCGAGGGGUGGCAGGCCAUCAGAUGGCCGCAGCUCUGCCUCCUGUCCACAGAGGCGCUUGUACAUAUCUUCUUUGCGUUUUUUUUUUUUUUUUUUUGGUUGGCACUUCUCUCCCCUCCCCUGCUGCCAUUCUCGUAUGCAGUAAUGAAAGCUGACGUCGGCCGGUUCUGUUUCGUGCUUCUGUCUCUCCCACCUGACAACAUUCCAACAUCCAGAAGAGAGGAAAAACUAAAGGAAAAAAAAUCAUAUGCAGUACAUGGAUUACAAAAAAAAGUUAAAAGAAAUACAUUUAAAAAGAAAUGAAAUGUUUUGCAGUUUUUUUUUCAUUGCCAAAUACUAAAUGGUGCUUUAUAUUUAGAUUGGGUGAAUAUACUUUGAUAUGCAAAGCAUAUUUAAGAAUGACCAGGGAGACGUGGAGAAGCCUGCUUGAGUUGAGACUUUUUUGUAAAUGGCAAUGUGGAAUAUUUUAUCAGCUUUUUCUAUUCCUGUUCUGAGAGCUGUUUGUUGUAACUUGAACUUGAACUUUAUCUUUUACAAUGGGAGUAACUAUUUAUUAUUAUCUAAAUGCUCUGUUCAAAACAGAGACAUGGAAUGGAGUCUUAUUUUGGUUUAUUUUACUUUUUUUGUUUAUUGUUUUAUAAUUUUCUUUUGUAACUGUGGCCGAUGGUCAUUGGACAAAGCCGAGCUCUUUGAUUUUCUGUUGUACUUGUUUGGGAUUUCUGUUCAGUUGUAUUGGGAAAACCACUGUCUGUGUUUUUCUGGCAGAUGUCUGCAUAAUCCUGUUCACACACCCAUUUUGUCCCUUUAUUGAAAAACAGUUAAUAAAAAAAAAUGAAAGUUUAA